AUGACUUCCGUCAUCCGCCGUCGGGAUCAGUUUGAGGAUAAGAUUGCCUCUCUGAAGACGAAUAUUUCUGAUUUAGAGGCCAAGGUAACUUCGACCGAGGGUGAAGUUACCAAGCUGAAUGAAGAGCUUAAGUCGCAGAAGGAGACCUUCCAAGAGGCAAGUGCGGCAGUCAAGGCCCACACUACUUUAAAAGACAACCACAAGAGGCUUCAAGAGGAUCUGGAUAAGGCCUUGAUUGACCGGAACGCCUCCCAAAAGAGAGCCGAGGAGUUACAAACUAAACUGGCCGAUGCUGUCGAGAAGUAUAAUUCUUCCCGCCACAAGUUGAAGAAGGCUGAGGUUGACCUCAAGCAGGCUCAGGGUGAAUGGCUCGCUCAUUGGAAGACAACUCCGGAGGGGCUAGACUAUUUAGGUAAGUUGGCCUCGACUUCUUACCGUUUAGCAACUCGAGAGACCAAACAACGCCUACAUGCCAUUCUCCCCGAGUCUAAUGCAAGCUUGGAUUGGGCGGCGGUUAAAGCUGAAUUUGAUCGCCACAUUGCUGCAGAGCAAGAGGCUAAAGCCCAAGCUAAGAAGAAGGUGGAGUCUUCUCAAACCCCGGGUGCUUCUGAAGUGCAAGAAGUUGUUUCUUCUUCUACUACCCCGAUUGCUCAGCCAACUUCAGCAGCACCAACAACACAGGUUCCCGUCGAGGGAGAUGAUGAUGAAUGUUGCAGUUCUGUGGAGGUCUCCUCCGAGGAGGAUGCUAGUGUUGAUAGCUCCCCCGAGAAGGCUGCUGAAGCUUAG